CAGGCGGCCCCUGCGAUGGUGACGCUCCGCCCUCCCCCGGGACGCGGGCCCCGCCCCGCCGCGGCGGGACCAAUAGAAGCGGCGGGACCCCCGAGGAGGGCAGGGUCUGUAGAUGGGAGGGGACCCGUCGUCCCUCGCGGCAGGCGGCUCCCUCUAUGCAAAUACAAGCCUGACUAUUUGCCCGCCCGGAAGCGCUCGGGCCGCGCCCUCUCUCACCACGUGCUUUCCCAGCCGGCUCCCACUGGCGGGCGGGCCGACGGGGGCGGGACCCGCGGCGCGAGCCGAGGGAAGCGGGGCGGGCCGAUGACAGGCGGAACCCUGCGCCAAUGGGGCGGCGGGGCGGGGCGCGGCGGUCACCUGACCGGGUCGGCGCCGGAGCGGCGCCAUGACCACGGCGCUGACCCAGGGGCUGGAGCGCAUCCCGGACCAGCUGGGCUACCUGGUCAUCAGCGAUGGGGCCGUGCUGGCGUGGUGUUCGGGGAACACUCCCUCCUCGUCACUGUCUCUGGACAGAAGCUCUUCGUGGUGAAGCGGCAAAACCACGUCCAGGAGCCCGUUGCCGUCUGAGAUGCACCCCCGCUGUCGCCAAGGGGGGGGGGACAGUCCCCCUCAUCCCCACUGUCCGCAGGGCCUCAGGGUAGCGGAGGACUGGCUCCCCUGUCCCUGCUGGCCCCAGGGCCCUGCAGCGACACCCAGUCGCGUCCCUGUCACCUCGAGGGCCUUGGGGACUGGUCCUCCAUGUCCGUGCAGUCCCCAAGGCCACGUGGUGUCCCCCGUGUGCCUCGGGUCCCCGCAGCAUCACCCCCCACACACACUGUUCCUCUAUUGAGGCAAUAAAUUAUGUCCUGGACCCCC